AUGCAACGAAACCCCCACGCCGGCGCGAGCAGUAGCACGAGCUUCGGCCGUCAUACUAAUACCAGCACCAGCCGCGACGCGGAGGCCCUCAUCCGAGCCAUCACCAGCCGCGACCUACUGCAGCAUCUGCAGCCGCAGCAGCAACAACCCGAUGCAGCCGACGACGUCCCCGACGCUUCGUGCAGUACAGGGCUGCACGGCAGCGGCGGCGGCGCGGAUGGCUUUCCUGCUGAAGGCUACGGCACGGCAUCCGCACCCCCAUUGGCCCAGGACUUAGCUUCUUUACUCAGCGCCCUUGACGGACUUCCGGGCAUCGAAGAUGGGUCGACACGCAGCAUGGUUUCGGAGCCGUUUGCCUCAUUGCCAGAUGGCCGUGUCCUGCUGGGUCCUGGAGGCAUUCGGGCGUCAGUUGGUGAACCCGGCGACCCCCUGACCCGUCCUGGCUCACAGUCCCUCCCCCAGCAUUUCCCAAUCCCCGAGGCCCUCAAGGGCCUCUUCACAGUCAUCGCACCAGCCUCACCCCUGACUCUUCAGAAGGGGGAGCACAGCGGCGGCAGCGCCUUGCCGUACGGUCCCCGGAGGCCGCUGCCGCCAGCCCCGCAACCAGGGGCCCACCUCCAGUCCGCGGCGGGGCCGGCGGUAGUGGCGGUAAUGGGAACAGCGACGUCGUGUGCGGCCUCGGCGGCAGGCACUCCUGUUGCGGAGGCGCGGAGGGCUCCCGAGAAUGGCAUUGGGGACACGGCGAGAAGCCCUCUGGGUAGCUUGCCAAAUCAACACCAGCUGCAACAGCAGGACCAGCAACGACGUGAUGAGCGACCGGCUGUGGGGCCUACCCUCAGGCCAACAAGUAUCACGGUUGCCUUGGACCCGACCGCGUCAGCGGCGCUGCUCUACGCGGCGGCCGGCGUGGCGCUCCCGCCGAUGCUGCCUCCGCCGGCUGCCGGCCUGCGUCUGGAUCCGUCUCUGGAGUGGGCUCUGGGGCUGCUCAGCACCCGGGUUACCUCCCGACACCCGCGGCAUGGGGAGGUCAUAUCGCGGCAGGUGGGCCCCAAGUGGCGCCAGGAGUUGGGCCCCCGGGAUCAGGCCCAGCUGGUGGCAACACUGAGGAUGUGCUUCCGAGCGGCGCUGAGGAGCCCCGACGCGGUGUCGGCCUCGGCCGCCGCUGGCCUUAUGGAGGUGAUGUGCCGGCUGCAGGAGGGCGUUGGCGCCACCACAAUCACACUCAUCGCCAUCAUUACCAUUGUCAUCAGCAUCAGCAUUAUCAAGACCACCACCGUCGUCGUCGUCAUCAGCAGCAGCAGUAGCAGCACAAUCAUCGCAGCUGCCGUCGCCAUCAUCACCGCAAACGGCCGCAGUAGCAACAUCAACGACAUCGCCAUCUACAGAAGCGACAACAAAGCCUUCAAAGCCGACCGUAGCAUCUGUGGGGAUGGAAGAAGGCGCGGACCAGGCGGCGUCCUGCGCCGUCGCGCCGUCGGGAGGAUCCGCCACCGCGACAGCGGCGGUGGUGGUGUGGACGGCGGCGGGAGGUUGCUGAUGCGGAUGGGGUUCCGGUGGAGAAGGGCGCAGCUGCGUUGGGCCUGCGUGGCAAUGUCGACGCUGGCCCGGCUCCGCAUCUCUAGAUUCUCCUUGCCGCGUAGGGCCCUCACCAAGCUGCUUUGGGCCGCGCUGUUCGCAGCGGCUUAUUGGACCCCCGGCAUUGCGGCAGCACUGCCGGUGUGGGCCGCCCGCCUAGAAUGCCCCCCACCGGCGGCGUUCCUGCGCCAUUACAGCCGGCACACCCUGGUUCGAGCGCUGUUCAGACGGCUGCGGCAACUGCGGUGGCAGCAGCUGUGUCGGCUGCCGCUGCUGCUGCACAGCGUGGGCCAACCCUCCGAGGUUGCGGACGUGGAAGCGGCAAGGGCCCGGUGGCAACAGGUCUUCGUCCAUCAAAUUCGUCGCCUGCUGCCUUCCUGUGAUGUCGUGGACAUAAUGCUGCUGCUGCGGGGGCUGGCGGCAGGAAGCAGCGCCAGUGCAAUCUCGGAAGACCAGGCUGAGUGCAUGGCCAGUGGCGGUCCCAGAAGCACGGGAACACGGAUGGUGCCGCAGCCGUACACUUACGAGUGGAUGGGCGCACAGCUGGCAGAUGAUGCGCUGCGGCGGUACACGCCAGCACAGCUGACGACAGCGGUGGGGGCAUCCCUGCUGCCGCCGGGGUCGCAACAGAACGGCAGGAGUGGCGCCGCCUCGCCGCCGGCACUCCUGCCCCCUCGGACAACUGCGACGGGCCACGGGCGAUCUUCGCCCCCCGCGCGAUCGGCGCCGCCACAGUCGGCUAGCUCCUCCACAGCUGCCGCCGCCGCCGCCGCCGUGCCUGCCUCUUCACAUUACACCCCCAUCAGCCCCGAGGAAGACUUGCAUCGGCGGCGGCUGGCGGAUCUUGCUCUGGAGAGGGACUUUCUGUUACAGCAGCUGGACGAGCACGUAGCUUUGUGCCUGUCGUACAGCAGCGGCGGCGGUGGGCGACCCGGCCACGGGCGCGGCCAAGCCUCACAUCAGGAUCGCCGCGCCCAAUCACCUCGCGGUCGCGUCGCGCUGGGGUUGCUCGUCAAGAUUCUGACUGCCUACAGCCGGCUGCAGCGGCCGCCAGCCCCCCGGCUCCAGGGAGCUCUGGAGGCUGCGCUGCUGGAGAGGACUCAGUGUCUGGGCACUCAGGGCUGGCAGGCUGUGCGGAGCGCCUAUCAGCAACUGCGGCUGCAGCCGGGGCCGGAGCUCAGCGUGGCCCUCAUAAUGUUUGGCUGA